GUUCGGGCAUGGCCCAUGACUGCUCAGCUGGAUCUGGCCCAACCCAACAACAACGACCAGCCGUCGUCGCGCUCCUCUCCUCUCCUCUCCUCUCCUUCCCUCCCCAUGGCGACCUCCUACGAGCGCCGCCUACUAGCGGCCGCCGACCUGGUCCUCUCCGCCGACGCGCAGGGCCAAGGAGCCUGCCUCCCCGAACUUGGCGUCACGGCGGACCUCAAGCCGCACCAGCUCGAUGGCGUUGCCUGGCUCAUCCGCCGCUACCGCCUCGGCGUCAACGUCGUCCUCGGUGAUGAGAUGGGGCUUGGCAAGACCCUACAAGCAAUUUCUCUACUGAGCCACCUCAAAAUCCAGCGUGUUGCACCCGGACCAUUCCGGUUAACCCCUGCAGUUGUGCUAUGUCCUCUAAGUGUAACAGAUGGCUGGCUCGCAGAGUUCAGUAAAUUCUGUCCUUCCUUGAGGCUCCUGCACUAUGUUGGCAAUAAGGUGCACCGUCGUGAUCUUCGGAGAACCUUGUACGAUCAUGUGCACAAGGCUUCCACAUCAUCUCAUUCUAGCGAAUUAUCAUUUGAUGUGCUCUUGACAACAUAUGACAUAGCCUUGAUGGAUCAAAACUUUCUUUCACAAAUUCCCUGGCACUACGCAAUUAUUGAUGAGGCUCAACGUCUUAAAAAUCCAUCCAGUGUACUGUAUAAUGUCCUUGAGCAACGUUUCAUCAUGCCAAGGCGUCUACUACUAACAGGCACUCCUAUCCAGAACAACCUUUCUGAACUAUGGGCUUUGAUGCACUUUUGUUUGCCUUCAAUAUUUGGAAAGCUAGAUGAGUUUCUUUCCACUUUCAAGGAAGCAGGGGACUCUUUAACAGGUGCCGAAGCUAAUAAAGCAAACAGACAGUUUGAGAUUAUUAAACACAUACUUAAAGCAUUUAUGCUACGCAGGACAAAAGCUUUACUAAUCGAGAGUGGAGUUCUGGCGCUGCCUCCACUAACUGAGCUAACUGUGAUGGUGCCACUGACACAGUUACAAAAGAAGCUUUACAUGUCAGUGUUGAGGAAAGAGCUGCAAACACUUCUUUCAUUUACUGGAGGAUCGUCUCGCCACCAGUCUUUGCAGAACAUUGUUAUACAGCUGAGGAAAGCUUGCAGUCACCCAUAUCUGUUCAGUGGCAUUGAACCUGAGCCUUUUGUGGAAGGGGAGCAUUUAGUUCAGGCUAGUGGGAAGCUCAUUGUGUUGGAUCUUAUUCUGAAGAAGCUCCAUGAGUUAGGACAUCGUGUUUUACUAUUUGCUCAGAUGACCCAAACACUGGACAUUCUGCAGGAUUUCCUGGAGAUGCGCAAUUACACUUAUGAGCGCCUGGAUGGUUCAGUACGUGCUGAGGAGCGGUUUGCAGCAAUAAGAAAUUUCAGCUCUCAAUCUACUAAAGGCCUUAUGAGAGAUGAUAAUCAGAUUGGAGCUUUUGUUUUCAUGAUAUCAACUAGAGCAGGGGGUGUGGGGCUUAAUCUCAUUGGUGCCGAUACUGUUAUCUUUUACGAACAAGAUUGGAAUCCUCAAGCUGACAAGCAGGCUCUACAGCGCGCUCAUCGCAUUGGACAGUUAAAUCAUGUGCUGUCAAUAAAUUUGGUGUCACAGCGUACAAUUGAAGAGGUCAUAAUGCGAAGAGCCGAGAGAAAACUUAAGCUUAGCCACGAUAUUAUUGGAGAAGAUCAUAGAACUGAUGUGAAGGGUGGAGUUCUGGGAAAUGAAGCUAGUGACAUGAGAUCAAUUAUCUUUGGCUUGCACCUGUUCGAUCCUGCUGAUACAACCACAGAGACAAUCAAUGAGGGCACCACUUCUGACACAAUUAAUGUGGAGAAACUGGCAAAGUUGAAAACAAUGUCUGAAAAGGUUGUAAUGAUGCGUAGCCAUGAACCUUCAGAAAAGGAUGAACGGGCAUUUGAAAUCAACCCAAAUUUUGCUGAUGGCAAUGGAACUGUAAUUAGAAGGGCUUCUGAUUCUAUUAGUGUUGAUCCUGGGCUUAAUGAAGCUGCAUACCUAUCCUGGGUCAAUAAGUUCAAAGAGGCUUCGCGUUCAAUUGAAGAUGCCACAUCUGAACUUGGAAGGCAAAGAGCAGCGCCAAAAGAAAAGUUCCUGAAACGUGUAGUUAACAAGAAAAAAGUAGAAGAAAAGAGGUUUGCCAAAUGGGAAACUUUGGGUUACAAGACACUAGCUGUUAAGGAACCUGAUAUCACAGCAUGCCAGAAUAUUUCAGACUCAGGAUGCGUCCAACUUGUGUAUGGAGAUUGUACCAAUCCUUCAAAACUUUGCCCUGCAAAGCCUGCCAUCAUAUUCAGUUGCAUAGAUAAUUCUGGGACAUGGGGGCAUGGAGGAAUGUUUGAUGCUUUGACUAGUCUCUCAACAUGCAUUCCAGAUGCUUAUCACCGUGCUUCUGAGUUUGAUGACCUCCACAUGGGGGAUCUUCACUUGAUUCAGCUUGAUGAAGUCAACUGCACCCGGAGUUUGGAUGCACCUUUAUGGGUGGCACUAGCUAUUGUUCAGUCUUACAGUCGGAGACGUAAAGUUCCAAGAAGUGAAAUCUCCAUACCUGAUUUGGAGCUCUGUUUAUCAAAAGCAGCCUUCUCAGCUGCUCAGCAUUCUGCAAUUAUCCGCAUGCCCCGAAUUGGUUACCAAAGUGGCUCCCAACGAUCAGAAUGGUAUACCAUAGAACGCCUGCUCAGGAAAUACUCAUCUCUCCAUGGAAUCGACAUUUUCGUGUACUACUUUCAGCGUUCAUCCAGGCAACAGACAGGUUCUAUCUAGCUCAUGCUGACGCUUCUGCUUGAAGAAACCCAAGCUAGGUGUAGGGAAACUAGGGAUGUUUCUGUAACCCACUAGAAGAAUCAGGGAAUAUUAGCUAGCUGCAACUUACAGUAUCUUUUAUUUGCCCCUUUUUAAUAGCUUUGUAACUUAUGAAUAGAUGAGCCAAAUGAAUUAUUAUGUUUUAUGGUUUUUGCCUCCUUUAGCUAAGAGGUAUGUGUCUUUGCAUGCACU